AUGUCUGCCAGGAAUGUUAUAAUCUUUCUGAUAUUUUGUCUAUUUGGCUCACUGUGUGGAGCAGUUCCACAAUUUCCAGACCAAUCCCAGCAAUGGAUACAGUACGUAGGCGAAUUGGGCAAAAAACUGAACGCAAUGGAACAGCAACUGAUUUCUAAAGAUGACCGGAUAAUCCAGCUGGAAACAGCACUGAAACACCAUAUUACAGCUUACACCAAAUAUGUACACGACAAAGAGGGGGAGAUGCAAGCGAAAGACAUGGAUGUUGAUGUUCUGAGGCAGGAAGUGACGUCAUGCACACGAGAACAAUUGAAGGCAGAAGCAGUUUCUCAAGACUUCGCAAAACGUUUAUCUACUUUAGAGCAAAUAAAUACUGCAGAUCGUACAGAGGAUGAAAAUAAAAUAGACACCAGAGAAAGAUCACGGCUUGCAUCCAUGUGGAAUGGUGAUAACGAUUCCUUACACAGUGUAGCCAUCGUCCGGAAUACCACUGGAAUGAAGUCUGGUGCUUUAACAGUUGAGGAUCCAGCAGAGGAACCGAGUCAUCUGAGGUCAGCUCCUUACUCUGGAGCAAAUGUGGCCUUCCAUGUAGAGAUGACUAGUACACGGACCGUUAAUACGGGUAGUAUAGUGGAGUAUGAUCACGAAACACUGGACGAUGGAAACGGCUAUAACACUCAUGACGGAAUCUACAUUGUACCGGAAACUGGUACUUACGUCAUCACGUGGACAACACUAUCAGCAUUCCAUAGCUAUGUCCAAACGUUCUUGUAUGUGAACGGUUACAAAAGAGCCUCUGCAUUCGCCGAUUCCCAAGAGAUACAUGACGUCCACCAGGCUACUACUAUCGCAGUCCUUAGACUAACCCAUGGUGAUCACGUGUUCGUUAGAGUGGGUCACACGACGAAUCAUACAGUUUAUAGCGACAUAAACUACAGUUCACGACCUACCUUUUCAGGAUGGAGGUUGUACUGA